GGAAUUACACUUUAAAUAUAACUCUGCAACAAUAAUAUUCAGUGUGCGUUAGCAUGGGGUGGCAAAAAAUAAGGAAAAUGCUAAGUGUACAUAUAUUCAGUGUACACUAUAUAAAAGCCCCUCAAUUUAUUUUUACCCUUUUUUUUUCUUUGAUUUACCCCUUGCCAGAAUCCCACCCUAACCCCUUUCUCUCUCUUUCUCGGCCCCUUUCUCGCAUACCUACGACUCUUCUUCCCUUUCUCCUCCCAAACUUCUUUUCUUCAUCUCUUUUUCUUGUUUGUCCACUAUUUCCCCUUCUAUCUUCUAAUCGAGUUGCCAUGUACAAGAAUGUGAUGAAGUAUUCUCUCUAUGAUGUACAAUUUUUCUCAAAAGUAUUAUUAAUGAGUCACCUUUCACGCCCAACUAGCUGCAAUGCAUUUGCAGGGAAUGAUGAUUCAUAGUCUUAUGCAAAACCCGAGCUAUCUCACAUCUCGAAUAGUCCAGGAUCAAAUUGAGUCCCAAAGAAAGUCAAAGACUAAAUGAAGACAGAAAAAUUGUCGAUUAAUAUGGAGCAUAGUUUGAUUGUUAGUUGUGGAAAAUUUUCAGCCUUAGCUUUGGUGUUGUAAUGUUCUCAAUUAUUUUCCUUUGAAUUCAAUGUCAUUUAUGUAUUAACUUUAAUGAAAGUAUCUAUUAUGACUCUUGUAUUAACAUUUACAAGUAUAUAGAAUGUAAUAGUAUUUAGACUUGCUUUUGUUAUCAAAGAUGUUUUUUUAAAUAGACAUUGAUAAAAUAAAUGAUUUAAA